AAUUUCGGCAUGAUCGAGGAGGAUCUCUAUCGGUCAGGACAACCCAACGAACUCAACUUUCCAUUCCUCGAAAAACUCGGUCUCAAAACCGUCGUCUGGCUCGCACCCGAAGAACCCAACCAGCGCUUCCUUGAUUUUAUCGAUGAUCAGGAUAUUCACCUGUACCACCUCGGAGUGGUAUCGUCUAUGAACGCAUGGGACCCCAUCACAGAGGAAGUCGUCCUGGAAGCCUCGGAAUUGAUCCUCACCCCAAAGAACUACCCCAUGAUCGUCAUGUGUAAUCUUGGACGGCAUCGCACAGGGACGAUUGUGGGAUGUCUACGGAAACUACAGCGCUGGAAUUUGACAUCAAUCUUUGAGGAAUACAGACGGUACGCGGGACCUAAAGUCCGGGUGCUAAACGAGCAGUUUAUUGAGCUGUUCGAUACAGAUCUGGUACGCGUACCGAUUGAUCACCCCAAAUGGUUGUAA